AUGACUCUGGGAGUGAAGAAAUAUACGCUUUUCAAUCAGAAGUUUCAGCACACUAAGCUGGAGUCUGCAUGGCGUCUGCUGGCUCUUAAGUACAUCACCGCUUGCUCCCGUGGGGCGAGGUUCACACGGGGCGAGGUUCACACGGGGCGAGGUUCACACGGGGCGAGGUUCACACGGGGCGAGGUUCACACGGGGCGAGGUUCACACGGGGCGAGGCUCACACGGGGCGAGGUUCACACGGGGCGAGGCUCACACGGGGCGAGGUUCACACGGGACGAGGCUCACACGGGGCGAGGCUCACACGGGGCGAGGUUCACACGGGGCGAGGCUCACACGGGGCGAGGUUCACACGGGGCGAGGCUCACACGGGGCGAGGUUCACACGGGGCGAGGUUCACACGGGGCAAGGCUCACACGGGACGAGGCUCACACGGGGCGAGGUUCACACGGGACGAGGCUCACACGGGGCGAGGUUCACACGGGGCGAGGCUCACACGGGGCGAGGCUCACACGGGGCGAGGUUCACACGGGGCGAGGCUCACACGGGACGAGGCUCACACGGGGCGAGGCUCACACGGGGCGAGGUUCACACGGGGCGAGGCUCACACGGGGCGAGGUUCACACGGGGCGAGGCUCACACGGGGCGAGGUUCACACGGGGCGAGGUUCACACGGGGCGAGGUUCACACGGGGCGAGGCUCACACGGGGCGAGGUUCACACGGGGCGAGGCUCACACGGGGCGAGGUUCACACGGGGCAAGGCUCACACGGGACGAGGCUCACACGGGGCGAGGCUCACACGGGGCGAGGUUCACACGGGGCGAGGCUCACACGGGGCGAGGUUCACACGGGGCGAGGCUCACACGGGGCGAGGUUCACACGGGGCGAGGUUCACACGGGGCGAGGUUCACACGGGGCGAGGCUCACACGGGGCGAGGUUCACACGGGGCGAGGCUCACACGGGGCGAGGUUCACACGGGGCGAGGCUCACACGGGGCGAGGCUUCACACGGGGCGAGGCUCACACGGGGCGAGGUUCACACGGGGCGAGGUUCACACGGGGCGAGGUUCACACGGGGCGAGGCUCACACGGGGCGAGGUUCACACGGGGGCGAGGUUCACACGGGGCGAGGUUCACACGGGGCGAGGGCUCACACGGGGCGAGGCUCACACGGGGCGAGGCUCACACGGGGCGAGGUUCACACGGGGCGAGGUUCACACGGGGCGAGGUUCACACGGGGCGAGGCUCACAUGAUGUACAAAGAGACAUUUUCUCAUAAGAAAGUUCACACUCCAAAACGUCUCUCUAAGUUACCAGAGAUUGAAGACAUAGCUGGCGGCCAUGAUGUAUCAGGGCUUCAAGGGGCAGCGAUGGCCCCCAUUCCUUCUCCAUUAUUUACACAGUCAUUAUUUUAUCCAC